GCAGGUGGAUGUCUGCGGCCCUUGUUUUUAUUGGAAAAACUGCUGGGGCAGCAUGGGCACAGUGGUGGUGGCAUGCCAUGCUUGGGGAUGUGCUGUGCCACAGGGAUACACCCAUAUGGGGAUGUGCCGUGCCUGGUGCCAUGCCAUACAUGGUGCUGGGGACUGGAACAUGCUGUGCCAGGUGCCACUUGCCCCAUUGUCACUGUCUGGCAGGGAUCCUGUGGCACGGUAGGUCCUGCCAUGUCCCAUGCUGGACCAAAGCCAGGGCAGGGAUGCACCGUGUGUUGUGCCCAGGAUGGAAACCUGGCAGGGCGUGUGUCACUGUGUGUGAAGCAUCCCCACCACUGCUGUGACCCCACAGACCAGGCUGCUGGGGCAGGGCUGUGCUGUGUGUGCCCAUGUCCCCAGAACCCUCUGCCACUCUGUCCCCUGUCCCCAGUGAGCUUUGUGGACUGUGGCGAGUCGCGCCGUGCCGCCUUCCUCCCGGAUGACACGCGCUUCAAGGUGAGCAGGGAUGGCAUCGUCACUGCCACCCGGCCCCUGCAGCUGCAGCAGCGGGACAUCACCUUUGCUGUGCACACCUGGGACACCGUGGGCAAGAGGCAUUCAGCCAAGGUGACGCUGCGCCCCCGGCGGCACCAGCACCGACACCACGAACGGAUGCAGCAGGGCACAGUGCCAGACGUGCUGAUCUUCCCGGAGCACGGACACGGCCCCCGGCGGCAGAAGAGGGACUGGGUCAUCCCCCCCAUCAACUGCCCUGAGAACGAGCGGGGGCCCUUCCCCAAGAAGCUGGUGCAGAUCAAAUCCAACAAGGACAAGGAGACCAAGGUUUUCUACAGCAUCACGGGGCAGGGGGCGGACACCAUCCCCGUGGGUGUGUUCAUCAUCGAGCGGGAGACGGGGUGGCUGGAGGUGACAAAACCCCUGGACCGCGAGGAGAAGGACAAAUACCAGCUCUUCUCCCACGCCGUGUCGGCCAACGGGCAGCCCGUGGAAGACCCCAUGGAGAUCAUCAUCACCGUCACUGACCAGAACGACAACCGGCCCGUCUUCACCCAGCAGGUCUUUGUUGGCUACAUUGAGGAGAACGCAAAGCCGGGCACAUCUGUGAUGACCGUGAAUGCUACGGAUGCAGAUGAUGCGAUCAAUGUGAACAAUGGCAUCAUCGGCUACUCCAUCCUCAGCGAGGAGCCCAAGGGUGCACAGGACAUGUUCACCAUCAAUGCCGCGAAUGGCAUCAUCAGUGUCAUUGGCACGGGACUGGAUCGGGAGACUACUCCCAACUACACGCUGAUCAUCCAGGCUGCAGACCAGGAAGGCUUUGGCCUGACCAACACUGCCACUGCCAUCAUCAAAGUCACUGAUGCCAACGACAACCCUCCCGUGUUCGACCCCGCCACGGGUUCCUCCCCAGUAGCACACCUACCCCAUACGGCGGCACUGGCAGCCAUUUUCCCGAUCCCGUCCCUCACCCUGGUCCCGGUCCCNGGCUCCCCGGCCUGGAACGCCGUCUACCGCAUCCGCAGCGGGGACCCGCAGGGCGACUUCGAGAUCACCACGGACCCCAAAACCAACGACGGGCUCCUGAAAACUGCCAAGGUGGGUCCUGCUGCCUCACAGCUGCCUCAGACCAGCUGGCUCCCUGCUGGCACUACCCCGCUUCUCUCCCACCCACAGGGCCUGGAUUAUGAGUCCCAGAACCGGUACAGGCUUGUGGUGUCAGUGGAGAACGAGGUCCCCUUCACUGUCGGCCUGAAUCCUGCCACAGCCAAUGUUCUGGUGGUGGUCAAGGAUGUGAAUGAAGCCCCGAUCUUCAUACCCCCAGUCAAGCAGGUGGAGGUGAAGGAGGAUGUGCCAGUGGGGUACCAGAUUGCCUCCUACACAGCCCAGGACCCCGACAAGGACCAGAGGCAGAAAAUCACGUAUCGCAUGGGCAGUGACCCUGCAGGGUGGCUGGAAAUUGACCCUGAGAACGGCAUCAUCACGGCAGCCCAGGCCCUGGACAGGGAGUCGGCACAUGCCAUCAACAGCACCUACAAGGCCAUCAUCCUGGCUGUGGACAAUGGGUCACCAAACUAUGCCACUGGCACGGGGACACUGCUCGUCGUGCUUGGGGAUGUGAAUGACAACGGGCCCGUGCCAGAGCCCCGGAGCUUUGACAUCUGCAACCGGCAGCCCGAGGAGCAGAUCCUGAAGAUCAUCGACAAGGACCUGCCCCCCAACACCCACCCCUUCAAGGCAGAGCUGAUGCACGGCUCUGGCAGCAACUGGACUGCCAGUGUGGUGCAACCAGACGAGGUGAAGCUGAGCAUGAAGAAGGAGCUGGAGCCGGGCGAGUACAGCAUCUUCCUGAAGCUGCUGGAUGCACAGGGCAAGGAUCAGAUCACAGCUGUGCGAGCCCAGGUGUGCAGCUGCGAGGGGCCAGCCAAGAACUGUGAGCGCAGAGCCUACAUCUCCGGUGGCAUGGGCGUGCCUGCCAUCCUGGGCAUCCUGGGGGGCAUCCUGGCGCUGCUCAUCCUCCUGCUGCUGCUGCUGCUCUUCGUGAGGAGGAGGAAGGUGGAGAAGGAACCACUGCUCCCACCCGAGGACGACAUGAGGGACAACGUGUACCACUAUGACGAGGAGGGUGGUGGUGAGGAGGACCAG